AUGAAAGAUCCUCUAAUCUUUGAUGAAGAACAAAAAGAUCAAUUACAAUCUGAAAUGACUACUGAAUUACAGUCUCUACUACCACAUGUCUCAUUACUAACAGCGACUAUUUUAUUUAUUCGAUGUUAUAAAUUAUGUUCUCAACAAAUGGUUAAUAUAAUCGCUGAAAAAUUUAAUGAUGAAUCACUUAACAAACAAAGUCAAAUUGUAGAAGCAGUAUUCAUUACAUUGAGACAACUCAAGAAUUCAAAUCUUUCACAUUGUUUAUCAGAGUUUGCUAAACGAAAAGACAAUUUAUCAGAUCUACUUCAAUUGAAUUCAACGAUAUUCUUUUGCUAUUUUAAUAAAACAACAUCAUUUGGCUCAUCGAAUAAUAUUCUUCUAUCUUUGAUGUAUCUGUUUGCAUUGACUUUUGAUACUGAAAUUCUCAGAAUUUAUGUAAGAAAUGAUAAAAAAAAAUGA